AUGAGAAAGAUAACUUCCAUUCUCUCAGUUAUAAGAAUAAGGCGAAAUGUGAAAUUUCUUUUAGUAUUUUUCAUCUCGUGGAUAUUUCUUCUUGUGUAUUAUCUACAAGGAACUGUGAACAAGAAUGAAAAUAGAGCUUUAAGGCUUCGAGAUGUCACACAAACAGCUCUAGUUACCAAUAUACAAAAUUCCUCAAACUCAGAAAUUAUGGAACGCAGCAACUCUUUCGUUUCAUAUUCAUCUUCCGACAUUAUUCCACAAAUCUCAUGGGACUAUUUUGAUGAAAUGUCUUAUAUAAAACGUGGCUCAUUACGGACUGGUGAAGAUCCAUAUAUAAGAAAUCGAUUUAAUCAGCAGGCGAGUGAUUCGCUUCCUUCGAAUCGUGAUAUUCCCGACACGCGGAACGCUAAGUGUAGGAAGCGUAAAUACAAAAGCAAUCUACCAGCAACUUCUGUUAUAAUUACUUUCCAUAAUGAAGCUCGUUCCACGCUACUAAGGACUAUUGUGAGUGUUUUAAACCGCAGUCCGGAAAAUUUAAUUAAGGAAAUAAUAUUGGUCGACGAUUUUUCAGACAAUGCUGAUGAUGGUCUUGAAUUAGCAAAAAUAAAUAAAGUUCGAGUGAUUAGAAAUGACAAGCGGGAAGGAUUAGUUAGAUCGAGAGUGAGAGGUUCAGAAAUAGCUACAGCUAAUAUUCUCACAUUUCUCGAUUCCCACUGUGAAUGCAAUGAUAAUUGGCUUCCACCAUUAAUAGAAAGAGUAGCUGAAGAUGAUACUCGAGUUGUUUGCCCUGUCAUUGAUGUCAUUUCCAUGGAUACUUUUCAAUACAUUGGAGCUUCAGCUGAUUUGCGGGGUGGAUUUGAUUGGAAUCUUGUUUUCAAAUGGGAGUAUUUGUCGGAGAAUGAAAGGAAGCUACGUGGUCUCUUUGUGAUAAAUAAAGCGUAUUUUGAAAAACUCGGAAAAUACGAUAUGAAAAUGGAUGUUUGGGGAGGAGAAAAUCUCGAGAUUUCUUUUCGGGUUCAUUUAUGCGGAGGUUCUUUAGAAAUUAUUCCUUGCAGUAGAGGUGGAAGUGGAAAUGUUUUCGCGAGAAAUACGCGGAGAGCCGCAGAAGUUUGGAUGGACGAUUAUGUUCAGUAUUACUACGCAUCUGUUCCCUUAGCUAAGAACAUUCCAAUUGGAAACAUUGAUGAUCGAUUAGCAUUAAAAGAAAAGCUCAAAUGUAAACCUUUUAAAUGGUAUUUAGAAAAUGUUUACCCCGAGUUGACUGUGCCUGAGACUCGUGCAAAAGGAAGUAUUAGACAAGAUCACAAUUGCAUGGACACUUUGGGCCAUUUAGUAGAUGGAACAAUAGGUGUUUACCAAUGUCAUGAAACUGGAGGAAAUCAAGAAUGGGAGUUUUCAAACAAAGGUCAAAUUAAACACAUAGACUUAUGCUUAACUCUUGUUAAAUUUUCAAGAGGCUCAAUGGUUGUCAUGAAAUAUUGUGACGACUCUGAAAACCAACAAUGGGUUGUGAAAAAUAUAAAUCAUGAGGGACUAAUAAAACAUAGUAAGUUAAAUGUAUGUCUUGACUCAACGUGGGUUCAAGGAAAAGGAAUUACAGCUGAAAGAUGCAACAGCGCUUUAGAUACACAACAAUGGAGAUUCAUAUCAAAUUUGAUAUAAAUCUUUAACGAAUUAGCAACAAGACUGAAAUUUACAUAAUUUGUUGCUACAGAGUGAAGAAAAGAGAACCUUCUGUAAAAAAAUUUCUCUAUUUAUCAUCAUCUCCACCAUCAAACAGCGUUAUGACUUGUACCCAUGUCCAUUACUAUUCAGAUUGUUGCAUUGUGUCAAAAACUCUCCAACAUGAUGGAAAGACGAGUUGUUAUAAAUCUUUAUUCAAGAAUCUAGUGAACUUUGGAACUGUUGCAUGUGAGUGAGAACAUCUGAAAUUUUGAUAGACUUGUGACGAAUCUGAAUUGUUCGAGUUUAUGAAUUAAAAGGUUUAAAAUAUAAUUUUUCACAUUGUCUUUUUGAAAAAUUGAAACAAAUACUCAACUCAAUUUAAUGCAGUUGUAGACUGCAAACAUUGUCAUUAAAAUUUUUAUUAGAUGUGAUUAUGAAAUGCUUUUACAGUUCAUUAUGUCAAUAAAUUUUGUUGCAUUUAAGAAUUAAAUCUAUUUAUUUGGACACUUUCAAAAUUUAAAACAAUUCAGAUUAAAGUUCUGAAUUUCAUUUGUUAAGCAAAUCAUUAUAAAAGAAACUAGGAAAAUGUAAUAAAAUUGAAUUGAACUACAUUUUUAUUUAUUGUGGAGAAUUUUUAUUGUAAAUAUGUUUAAGUAAGUAGCUAUUCAUUAAUAAUUUGUUCUAUUAGAGGUUAAUUAAACGAGCAUCUAACUGCGUAAUCGAUAUUAUUUAGAUUUUUCUUGUUACACUCGACAACAUGAAAAUAUUGCUGAAGUGUAACGAGAAAGAAAACAAACAAUAAAUUUUUUAAGCAAAGCAAUCAAAAUGUUUUAGAAACUUUUCUUUUUAAUUCAUAAAUCAUUUCCAUGAAAUUAUUUAAUCAUUGAGAAGUUUUU